GCGGUGCAGCCAGAGGCAUGUCACUCUCACUAUCUGCUGGGUGACUUCUCCUUUCCAUACCAGCAAUGGCCGAAUUUUAAAACGCACCACUGGAAGAUAGGAGCGACUUUGUCUGUAUGUUCUGACAUGGUCAAAGCCCUAAAUGUCAAAUAUGCUGAGAAUGAAGAUAUUUGUUUUGCCAAAAGUCUGAAGAAGACUGGAAGAACUGCGGACUUUUAAAGUGUUCAUAGCUGUGCCAUAACCUGGUAAAUAUUUUCAGCUCGAAGAAAUGGCUCUAUCCCAGAUCCAGUGCCUGGAUGAUAACAACGUAAACCCGCGGAUCUACGAGUCCAAACCGGAGUUCUUCUACUGUGAGGAGCAGCGUCUCGCGCUUGAAGCGCUCCUCCGGGAUGGUCGCGAGGCGUUCGCCAAGUACCUGGAGUCUCGCGGCCUGCGGGGUUUCCUCUCCGACCUGGAGCAGGAGACACUGGCCGCCGCUCUGGAGCCCUUUGACCCGGACGCGGAGCUUUUCUCCGGGGAGAGAGAGGGCGAGCCGGAGCCGCUGUCGUUGCAGUACUGGCCGGACGUUUCGGACACCUCUAUCCCUCAAAUGGACCUGGGCUGGCCUGACAGCGAGUCGUACAGAGGGGUGACACGCACGACAGUGUACACACAGCCCCCGAUGGAGGAUCAGCCCCACAUCAAAGAAGUGGUCAGAAAAAUGAUUGCACAGGCGCAGAAGGUGAUAGCCGUGGUGAUGGAUGUCUUCACUGACGUCGACAUCUUCAGAGAUCUGUUAGAUGCCGGGUUUAAAAGGAAGGUGUCUGUUUACAUCCUGCUGGAACGCACAAUGCUACCUCAUUUCCUUUCAAUGUGUCGGAGGGCUAACAUGCAUCCCGGGCACCUGAAGCAUCUUCGUGUACGCUGCACAGAAGGCUCAGAGUUUUACACUCGGUACUGCACCAGGAUCAAGGGCCAACUCGGGCACAGGUUCAUGUUCAUUGAUGGAGACAAAGCUGUGUCUGGGUCAUACAGUUUCACAUGGAUGUCUUCACGACUGGAUAGAAAUCUCAUCACUGUUACCACGGGCCAGGCUGUGGAUGCUUUUGACCAAGUGUUUCGCUACCUGUAUGUUACUUCUAGUUUUGUUGACCUCCGCCAAGUCACCACAGAUCCUGAGCCUGAACCAGACACUCGACAUCAGGUUUUAUCCGUGGCUCCUCCUUCUGCUGCUGUUGCUAGAAAACUAUACAACCCCAAAUAUGCCCUUGUUGCUUUAAGUAGCCCCAGCCCCGUGAACUCGAAUAGCAAUGUUGGCCCGAAAGAGCCGGAAGUUUCAGAGGAACCAAAAAAUAAGAAGAAGCAAAAGAGAACACGUGAAGAUCCGCCACAGGAUGCUCCUUCUAUCCAUCCUGGACUUUUAGGUCUAGAGAAAGCAUGCUUACUCUCAUAUCUGCCUACCUGGCCAGAACCUGAUCCACCAAGCGAUGUGAUAGGGUUCAUUAAUGUCCGAGACUCUAAAAAACCAACCCAAGUUCAUCUGCAACGUUCUGAGAUGUUUGAAAUCAGCCAAGCAAUCAAGUUUAGCAGUCCAAUCAGCAAGCCACAGGAAACUUUGCCAGAGGUUGCAAAGCCCAGAAAUCGAAAUGCACAAAGUGAAUCCAAGACUGAUGGUUUGUUGGUGGAUAAAGCAAAACCAGAAAAGAAAAGUGUAGGUCUUAUUGACAAUAACAAUGAAGAAAUGGCGCCUGGAAAAAACUCACCUUUGCACAGACAAAAGUUAAAUUUCGACAAAAGCGAAUCUCAAAUUCUCCAAAAGCAGAAAAAAUUGUGUUCAGAUUCAGAUUCAGGUCCAGUUUCUCUUAUUCCACAAGCACUGCCACAAUCUAGCAUCAAAGCACUCACACCUAAAAAUGAACAACCUUCACAUAAAGUCCAAAUUACCUCCACAACCAGUUCUUUGUCAGAGUCCCUCAAAGAAUCUAAAUGUGUAAAAGAACCUGAAAUUGCGACUGUUUCACAAACACAAAGUACUUUUGUGGAUGGAACAAAAACCCUGAAGUCAAACACUGCACAAAAAUCUCAACUGCACAAUCAAACUCAGUUAAAUACAGAAGGACAUAAUAUUGUGUCACAUCAAGAGUCACACACUAAUGCUGCUAAUACACAAAUUAAAAUCUCCUCUGAAGAGACUUGUGAAUUCCAGAACACUGACAGUCCAAGGCACAUUGAAACUUCUUCUGCUUGUCCCAAGCAAUCUGAAAGUUUACUUUCCAAAAAUACUCUUGUGACUAUUACUACAGUGGCUUCAACCAUAGCUACAAGUUCUUGUAAUUCAACUCCCUCUACUAGCUUACCUUUGACCCUUCCUCCCUCCACGUCUUCUUUUCCAAAAUUACCUUUACUCCCAUCUUCUGCAUCUUCUUUUACAAGUUCUGAUACUCCAGACUCUAAGCUUUGUUCUGAGCAACUACUUAAACAAGAUAGCGUCAAUAGCAAUACUGAGACAACUCCAGAUAUUGUUGUUGUUGAGAAGUCUAAAACCAGUUUAGGGCCACAAAUUAUUACUGAUGUUUCCGCUUUAACAAGUUUGGUGCAAACAUCUCCAGUAAAAAAUCUUGAGAGUGGCCCAGAUUUGCACAGAAACAGUGUCAGCAAAACAGGACAUCCAAAACAAACAGAGAACACAAAUAUUCCUCAAGAUACCAAACAGGAAACAAAGACUUCCAAAAAUGCGUCAAAUCAAGAGUCACAUGGCUAUGCUGCUGAUACACAACUUAAAAUUUCCUCUGAAGAGACUUGUAACCUCCAGAAUGUUGGCAGACCAGGUCACAUUGCGACCUCUUCUGCUUCUCCAGCACAAUCUCAAAGUUCUCUUUCCAAAAAUUUUGUGACUAUUACAGCAGUGCCUUCUACCACAGGUACAAGUUCUUGUAAUUCAGCUCACUCUACAAGCUCACUUUCAACCAAUUCUCCCUCCACCUCUUUUCCAGAAUUACCUUUACUCCCAUCCUCUGCAUCUUCUUUUACAAGUUCUGUUGCUCCAGACUCUAUGCCUUGUUCUGACCAACUACUUAAACAAGGCAGAGUCAAUGACAGUACUGAGACAAAUCCAGGGAGCUCUGUGGACAAGAGGUAUAAGACCAGUUCAGGGUCACAAUUUAUAACUGAUGCUUCCGUUUUAACAAGUUUGGUGCAAACAACUCCAGUAAAAAAUCUUGAAAGUGGCCCAGAUAUGCAAAGAAACAGUGUCAGUAAAACAAAGUAUCCAAAACAAACAGAGAACACAAAUAUUCCUCAAGAUGCCAAACAGGAAACACAGACCGUCACUUCCCAAAAUGUGUCAAAUCAAGAGUCACACUGUAAUGCUGCUGAUACACAACUUAAAAUCUCCACUGUAGAGACUCGUAGCGUCCAAAACCUUGGCAGUCCAGGGUACAUUGCGACCUCUUCUGCUUCUCCAGCACAAUCUCAAAGUUCUCUUUCCAAAAAUAAUCUUGUGACUAUUACAGCAGUGGCUUCAACCACAGGUACAAGUUCUUGUAAUUCAGCUCCCUCCACUAACUCACUUUCAACCAAUCCUCCCUCCACCUCUUUUCCAGAAUUACCUUUACUCCCAUCCUCUGCAUCUUCAUCUACAAGUUCUGUUGCUCCAGACUCUAAGCCUUGUUCUGACCAACUACUUAAACAAGACAGAGUCAAUGACAGUACUGAGACAACUCCAGGAAUCUCUGUGGACAAUAGAUCUAAGACCAGUUCAGGGCCACAAAUUAUAACUGAUGUUUCGUCUUUAACAAGUUUGGUGCAAACAUCUCCAGUAAAGAAUCUUGAGACUGGCCCAGAUUUGCAAAGAAACAGUGUCAGCAAAACAGGGUGUCCAAAACAAACAGAGAACACAAAUAUUCCUGGAGAUGCCAAACAGGAAACACGGGCCGUCAAUUCCCAAAAUGCGUCAAAUCAAGAGUCACACAGUAAUACUGCUGAUACACAACUUAAAAUCUCCUCUGAAAAGACUUGUAACCCCCCAAACCCUGGCAGUCUAGGGUACAUUGCAACUUCUUCUGCUUCUCCCAUACAAUCUGAAAGUUCACUUUCCAAAAAUAAUCUUGUGACUAUUACAGCAGUGGCUUCAACCACAGGUACAAGUUCUUGUAAUUCAACUCCCUCCACUAACUCACUUUUGAUCGAUCCUCCUUCCACUUCUUCUUUUCCAGAAUUACCUUUACUCCCAUCCUCUGCAUCUUCUUUUACAAGUUCUGUUGCUCCAGACUCUAAGCCUUGUUCUGACCAACUAUUUAAACAAGACAGAGUCAAUGACAGUACUGAGACAACUCCAGGGAUCUCUGUGGACAAGAGGUCUAAGACCAGUUCAGGGCCACAAAUUAUUAAUGAUGUUUCUGCUUUAACAAGUUUGGUGCAAACAUCUCCAGUAAAGAAUCUUGAAAGUGGCCCAGAUUUGCGAGGAAGCAGUGUCAGCAAAACAAAGUAUCCAAAACAAACAGAGAACACAAAUAUUCCUGAAGAUACCAAACAGGAAACACAGACCGUCACUUCCCAAAAAAGAAAGGGUAAAGAAACUGAUAGAAAACACAAUGACAGAGCAGAAGUGCACUCUGUUACUGAAACCCAACUUGAAACAAAGUCAGAUGUUUCAGCAAAAGAUUCAUCAAGUACAGCCAUUGUGAAUAUUAAUGAACUAAUCCCUAAAAGUGUUGAUUCAAAGACACAUAGAUACUGUAUAGCCACAUCAAGUAACAGCACUUCUGAUAAAACCCUGACUAACUUGGAAUGUGCCAAAGCGACAAAUACUCAGACAUACCUUGCAAGAUGCCAUGAACCUCAAAUAAUAUCAUAUAGUAACUUUACAAUAGAUGAUGUAAAUAAGGCACAACCUUUGGAAACUUCAACAGCUCCAACAAAUUGGAUAUCACACAACACUUACAUACUCAAAGAAAACCAUGAUGGCAGUAUAAACAGUGCUGCAAAUGCACUGAGUCAGCCUGGUAAACAAGCACAAGUCCCAUCAGUAGACGGCACAAUCAUCACUUUAAACUCAGUAAAACAACACACGCACAACACCUUUCUAGAACAAGCUUGCAUAACACAAGGAGGUGCAUACACCUCCAGAAAAACACUUAAUUUACCCUUUUCCAAUGUGCAAGCAAUGGAUUUGAGUUUGCAAACCAACAAACAAGAAUCACAGUUACCUGUAGCUGAUGUACAAAGUUCAGCUCCAAAAGUGUCUCCUCCAAAUCUACCUACCACAGAUUCACAAACAACCUCGCCAGACCUACAAACGCCUACAACUGAUAUCAGUGAUGAUUACUUAUCAUCAAGAGAGGACUCCACUACCUCUGAAGAGUACUUUGAAUGUAGUGAAUCUCCUUCACAUGAACCAGUGCUUGGCACAAGUGGGUGUUGCAGCUAUGGGACAGGAAAGAAUAGCAGCCCAAAUAACUCAGAUUGUCAUUUUUCAAGAAAUGUUGGCACUAGUUCUGCUGACUUGGAUAAUAUUUCUAGUGUUUCUGGAUUAACCAAUUCAAGUCAUAGUACUUCUUCCAGUGAAUCCAGUAUUUUAUCUUGGACUUCUAGAGAGCCCCCUACCUCUCUGCUUGGGACAAAAGGCCAAAACAGAGAGUCAAAUAUCACAACUAGAAGAAAUAGCAAAGAAGGUGCUAAAAAUGAGGUAAGCAGUAGCAACACAGAGAAAAAGAAGGAGCGAGUACACCAGAGCAUGGAGGGUACAAACAGUAAGGAGUUAAAUCGAAUGCCUAGGUCUUUGAAAAGGGAGAGUGAUUUAAAAGAAAUGGCCUUAAAACUCAGUAAGGCCUCUGGGGGACAGGUUGAAGGAGCCACGACAGAUGGAGAAUCAGUGCAGAAAGAAACAAAGCGGUUGUCCACUGGUGAACUUAAACCAGAAAGGGUUUUAUCUGAGGGAAAGAAAUCCCUUUCCAGCAAGGAUAAGCCAACGAACGAGGCUGCACUAACCCCCGGCCAUAUGGAGAUAAGACAGAGGCAAUCUACAAGGGAGACAACAGGACAGAAGCCUUUGAAUCCAUCACCCAAAUCUCAGCCACGUCAGCAGCCAGGCAGCAGAGGUUCUUCACCUUCACGACCACUGAGUUCCACUAGAGGCUCCCAAGCUCAGGCACCUCGUCCUUCGGGAAUCCGUGAUCUUAGCCAAACAGAAAGCAGGGCUCUUCAAAGUAAUGUGAAAGAGUUUGUUUACAAGCCACCUCCUCGCAGAUCACAAUCCAGGUCCCCCUCUCCAAUGAAAGCUGCUCCUACUGGGUCUGCAGCCGGGCGAAAGCAGGUCUCCCAGAGCCAGCUGUUCACUCGGCAACCUCCAACCGUGCAGACUCGGUCAAAGUUUGACCCACCACAAAUCAAGGCUGCAAAGCAACAGGCCUCCACUCUCCACACACUUUCCAGCCUGCAGCCUCAGGCCCACCCUCUUGCCUCUACUCAAGAAGUGUCUGAACAGGCAGCUCAAGAAACAGAAGAAGCAAGGGUUCCUUUUAACUUAUCUCUCAGCAGGUUAUACAACUUUAAGGGAUUAAGGGACAAAUGGACCAAGCUGCCGACUCAGAGCAGGAGAAGUAGAACUGGCACACCGGUAAAAGAACGUAAAAACACAAGUUAAUAAUGUUUAGCUGUUGUCCUGUUAUCGCAAUAUGUUAUUGAAACAUCAGACCAGAGAACAGGGAUUAAAAACUAUCGAAGUCAAAGCUGAAAAUGACAAUUAAGUGGCUGUUUUUUAUAUUAUUUGCUAUUAUUUCUGAAACGUUUAUGAUGUUUUCUUGUACUUCUUUUGAAAGUGUUAAAUUUGCACACUGUUAUUACAUAAUAAAUCUCAGACAUACUAUAUGUCAGGCUGCAUGGAGUAGAUGCCAAAAUUUGUAGAAUUAAAUACUUGAGUCUUUAAUUUUGUUCUCACUUUAUUUGGUGGUGCAUAUGAAUUUGCCUUUGCCUUUUUGUUCAGUUUAUAGUUUACUGUAUUAGCAAGUUUAUUUACAUAUUUUUGAUUGGUUUUUAAACAGCAUUCUGCUGAAGUGCAGUUUUGAGUUGGGAAUAUAAUGGAAACAAUGAACUGAUUCCACCAGCCGCGACACACAGUGCCUUUUCAAUCCAAAACAUUAUGACAGUUUUAAUGUGGUUUUCCUGCUCUGACCUUCUGUUUAAACAAGAUUUUGCAAUAAAAAUGUUGAAACACAA